AUGGUGAUGAGCGCGAAACUGGCUAGAUAUGCCAAAUUCGUUCUCGCCAUUGUAGUGCUAUGGGUCAUUUCCAUCCACGGACCCUCUCUCUUCUUCCGAUUAUCCCUUUCCCUCGACGAACAAGUGCCGCUUGCACCGUCACUAGGUUCUCACCACGACCUUGAUUACUCCCAUGACCCCCCUCGAAUUGAACAAGAGUCAGAGUCAAAACCGAAGGCAGAACACCAUUACCGAGAUGACGGCCUAGUUGAAGUCAAUCCCGAAGCAUCUCAUCCGAUUUUCGAGUUGAUACAGAAAGCGGAGAAAGAGUGGGAGGAAAAGAAGCAACAGGCUAGUACGUCUCUUGAUGAAGCCAUUCGAGAGUAUAGACGACGGUAUGGUAGGUAUCCUCCAAAAGGAUUUGAUAAGUGGUGGGACUAUGUGAAGCUACACGACGUUCAACUACCAGAUGAAUACGACCGGAUACACCACGAUAUCGAACAUUUUUGGGGAAUGACUCCUUCGGACCUUGCGGAAAUCGUAAAAGGUUUGGAGUCAGAAAAAGACUCGUACACCAUUGCGAAUCCCAAGAAUCUCGUCUCCAUAGUGGCACACGCGUUUGAGGAUGGGCGUUAUGAUCAACUCAUCUUCGGCGCUGAAGGCGUUGUGGAUCUCUUGAGCGAGAUUGAGAAGGAACUACCGCCAUUCCGAAUCAAUUUUACACCCCACGACAACCCGAACAGGCUGACGGACUACGAAGUGAAGGAUACACUUUUAGCGGCCGCUGGUGUCGGGGAGCGUUUAAAUCUGAACGAUCUCCCCAGUCCCUCCUCCCUAGGAUGGCUUUCCUCGUGUUCUCCGAUGUCGCGUGCACGCACGCUCCCAGACAUGUUCAUUCAACCUCAUAACCAACACAUAAGAGUCGAAGCUCCCGUUCCCCCAAGUGUGGACUCCCCUAAAUUCCCAUAUGAAUCCUCUGCCUCUCGGUACCCGUCGUUUCCACCCGAGACUCCGAGGUCAAAAACCUUCAUCUACAACCACCCAAAAACCAUGGAUCCAUGUGCACACCCUGCAUUAUUCUGGACACACGGAUUAUUCGUCUCACAUAAUACAGGCCCGGCUCCUCAGCCUUAUAUGGUACCUCAGUUUUCGGCGUGCACCACGGAAAUUCAUCAUAAUAUCAACUUCCCUACAUCCUAUGGGUGGAUCGAAGAUCUUCCUCCUUCGGAAAACCCGCCCUGGGAGGACAGAGAGGACGAAAGGCUGAUGUGGAGAGGUAGUGAUACUGGGAUAUGGCAUGGAAAUGGCGUUAAAUGGGGUUCCAAUCAUCGGGAUUGGCUGAUCCGAUGGGCUACUGGAGUUCAUGGUGUUGUGGACGUUCUUUUUGAUAGCGCAGUGAACGAGACUAGUCAGGUCGGAGUGCCUAAGCAGAUGAGGAAAGCCUUACUCAAUCCUUCUAUGGUUGAUAUGGGAUUUGCUGGAGAGAUGCAGUGUGAACCGGAGGUUUGUCGGAAGAUGGAGGAAAUUUAUCCUGAGACUAGGAGGAUGUCACGGGAAGAGGCAGGGAACUAUAAGUAUGUUAUGGAUCUUGAUGGAAAUGGCUGGUCGGGUCGGUUUAAGCGUCUGAUAACUUCUAAUGCGCUUGUCUUCAAGUCAACGGUUUUCCCAGAAUGGUACACGGCUCGUAUCCAACCAUGGGUGCACUACGUCCCCGUGCAGGUCGACUUGUCAGAUCUGUAUGAUUCGUUGAUAUUUUUUAGGGGAGAUCCCAACGGAGAAGGAGCGCAUGAGGAACUGGCGAAGAAGAUUGCAACUGAAGGAAGAGAGUGGAGCAGGACAUUUUGGAGAAGAGAGGAUCUAAUUGCUUACUUCUACCGGUUGAUUCUUGAGUACGUGCGGGUUAUGAGUCCCGGCCGGGAGGAGAUGAACUAUGAAGGAGGGAGUAAUGAAAGUUAG